AGCUGUUUGGCCUCAAACAGCUUCACCAAAAUACACGGAUCCGGAACCGGACGGGCCCUCGGCCUGUCGGAGGGGUCCAACGGUCUUUCAGAAACCAUGAGCAAGAUGUACUAUCAUGAGCAGUGUGAUGAGAUGCUUGAGGACGGUCUGACGACCAUCAUGUUGCGCCGGGUACCACCUGAGAUGACCAUGGCUUCCUUGCUGGCUUUCCUCGAUGGGUUCGCCGCCGGCAAGUACGACUUUGUGUAUCUUCCCUUCGAUCGGCGGAAGGAGAUGAAUAUCGCCUUGGCCUUCGUCAACUUUGUAGACCCUCCCAGCGCGAGGAUGGCCUUCACACUCCUGGUGUCCGGAGUCUUUGAGUCCAUGUCCAACGUGCGGGUCAGCGCGGCCAACGUCCAGGGCUUUUCAACGAACCUUGCCUACUUCAUCGCUCGGUUUGGGCUGCAAGCGGUCUUGCAGCCAAACGCCCCAGUGGUCCUACAGGCUGGGCAAGUGAUCGACGUCCAACUGGCCAUUGCCAUGCACGUGACACAGGAUUUGUUGAGGGAGGCCCACAAACUGGUUCAAGCAGAACGAAUGGGCCAUGGGCAGGAAGGAAGUGUUCGACGGUCAAAACGCUUCAUGUGGAACCUUGAAUCCAGCAGCGACGCCUGUCUUGCUGGAGAGCACUCGGCGUCACAGGAGCAAUUGGAGAACGGAGGUGAGACACCCAAUGGAUGCGCCAUCCACGUCUUCAUACUCUCAAUCAUCAGGAGAAGAAAGUGGGCAACGUGUGGUUCGUCCAGCUUCAAGUUCUCAGAACCAGAAGCUUGUGGCAAAGGUGUCCGAUGAGGUGGUGUUGGAGGGCGGCUCCUUCAAGCAGAUGUCCGGAAAACUGGUCUUCUGUCUUUGAGUGAUGUCCUGCAGUGGAUGUCUCUUCGCUUCAGUCGAGAUGUCGACUGCACGUUCGGACGGACGGACAGCGGUACCCGCCGGGCAUAGGGGAACCGUUUCCUCGGCAUGGCGGUGCCGUCUCCAGUCCAAUGGGUUUGCCGUGUGGUCAAGCCAUUCCGUUCGAUAGGAUUUCCCUUUGACAGCAGGCCCAAAAAGUCGGUUGACCGACAGGUGCUGCAUGGACUCGCGCUGAGCAAAGGUUUGUGACCCUUGUUUUGUUUCAGGCUCCCC